GAGGAAACUCGCACGUUAUCUUCUCUUACUCGAAGGAAGACGAUGUUGGUACCGACAAUUUCCCCCCGUCCUUCAGAGGCUUCCUUAUCAGCAGAGCUGUGCAGAGAGAAGCCCGGCCCAUUAGCUCCACAAUAACUGCCCUGCGAGAGGGAGAGAGAGAGGGAGAGAGAGAGGGAGAGAGAGGGAGAGAGAGAGAGAGAGAGAGGGAGGGAGAGAGAGUCCGUUCACUCCAAGCCUGACGAGCCUUUUCGGCGAGCCUCAGCGUCGUGAUUUAAACGAGAACCAGCCUCCUUCGGCUCUAACCGCGCUCUAGGUCCGUGCUAAAGGAGCUACGUGCCCAACUUGGCUCUUUUGUUUCCAUCACGCACGCGCCAACAAGCAGCGCUGCGGUUCUGAAGGUUCGAAUGUUCUGAAGGUUCCACCGAGACCCGCGUGCAGCGCAGCUGAGGAGAGCGGCCAACUCCGCUCCGCCACUAAAUGGAUUUUGUGCGUGUUCCGUCGUUUCUGCUGCGCGUCGUGUGAGAAGACGGCACUAAGUUCCAGCUCGACCCCCUCCUCCAGCCCCCCGCCUCCGUCCCCCGCUGCUGGGCUGCUCGAUAUCCGUGUCUCUUCAUUAGCUUUACUUAUUCACACGAGCUCACGCGGGGACUGAUAUUCCACAGGGGGGGAAACCCGGAGGGAAACAAACGAACGGCGUUUUCAUGAGGAGAGCAGCGGGAUUAUUCAGCCACGUUUGUUCGUGAGGGUCCCGCACACAAGGAGAGGAGGGGAACAUCAUCUACACCUCACACCUCUCAGGGGAUAUUCAGCCUUUAUUCCCUUCUUCCAGUCGUGAAAGACGCCUCCGGUCCAGCAAUGCAGCUCCGCACCGUGUUGGACGUGAAAGUCGUGGACGUGGAGAAGAGACGGCACCCCUCCAAACACUACGUGUAUCUCAUCAAUGUCACGUACUCUGACUCCACAUCCCACAUCAUCUACAGGAGAUACAGCAAAUUCUUUGACCUUCAGAUGCAGAUUCUUGACAAGUUCCCGAUCGAGGGAGGGCAGAAAGACCCCAAAAAGCGCAUCAUCCCUUUUCUUCCAGGUAAAAUCCUGUUUCGACGAAGUCAUGUACGGGACGUGGCCAUGAAGAGACUGCGCUUUAUAGAUGACUAUUGCAGAGCGCUGGUGCGACUUCCUCCCCAGAUCUCCCAGAGCGAAGAGGUCCUGCGCUUCUUCGAGACCAAACCGGAUGACAUCAACCCUCCUGUAGAAGACUAUGGCUCCAAACGCAAAUCAGUGUGGAUGUAUGGCCUACAGGACAGUCCCACCAAGUCCGAGGCCUCAGGCCUGGACAGCGGGGAGCCCAUGGUGCUGGAGCAGUACGUGGCUGUGGCCAGCUAUGAGCGGCAGGAGAACUCCGAGAUCAGCCUCAGAGCCGGCGAGACGGUGGACGUGAUCGAGAAGAGCGAAAGCGGUUGGUGGUUUGUCAGUACUGUAGAAGAACAGGGCUGGGUUCCUGCCACAUAUCUGGACGCUCAAACCGGCACCAGAGAUGAUCUGGAUCUGGGCACCUCUAGAUCAGGAGAGGUUACUAAGCGACGCAAGGCCCACCUGAAGAGACUGGACCGGAGGUGGACACUAGGGGGCAUAGUCAACCGCCAGCAGAGUCGAGAGGAGAAAUAUGUCACUUUGCAGCCCUACACCAGUCAGGGAAAGGACGAGAUUGGGUUUGAAAAAGGAGUAACCGUGGAGGUCAUUCAAAAGAACUUGGAAGGAUGGUGGUAUAUCAGGUACCUGGGUAAGGAGGGCUGGGCCCCAGCCUCAUACCUGAAGAAGCUGAAAGACGAUCUGUCCCCAAGGAAGAAGACCCUGACUGGCCCAGUUGAGAUCAUUGGUAACAUAAUGGAGAUCAGCAACCUGCUCAACAAGAAAGCUGUCAGUGAGAAGGACGUGCAAACAGAUGGAGAACCCACCACACCAGAGCGCCACAUCUCCAAGAGUGAGAUCAGUCUUCCCAUCCCAUGUAACGCUGAAGCAGAACAGGCCAUGACAUCCAGCACUGCUGCAGCAGCAGGCUCAGGAUGUGGACCAUGCACCAUCCUACAGGACAGUAAGCCAAAGGCAGAGCCAGGGUCACCCGCAAUAGCAAGAGUGGCUCCACAUCGGGUGGAAAUCGACUUUGAAGCCAUAGGAUCUCCAAAUCUCAGACAAAAACCUCCCCCUCGAAGAGAGACAAAUCUGGGAUUCCAGUUGCCAAAGCCUCCAGAGCCCCCUACUGUGGAAGCGGAGUACUACACCAUCGCAGAGUUUCAGUCCUGCAUCUCAGAUGGCAUCAGCUUCCGUGGAGGACAAAAGGCUGAUGUAAUAGAGAAGAACUCUAAUGGCUGGUGGUACGUCCAGAUUGGGGAUACGGAGGGUUGGGCACCUUGUUCCUAUAUUGACAAGCGCAAGAAGCCAAAUCUGAGCAGGAGAUCUAGCACACUCACUCGGCCAAAAGUUCCUCCCCCAGCACCACCUGUCAAAAAGCAAGACUCUGAAGAAACACCCUUCGCAAGUGGUUGCACAUCCAAAGCUCCAGAAUCCCCCAGCAGGCCUGUUUAUGAAGAGCCUGAGUAUGACAUUCCUGCCAUCGGCUGUGACUUAGACUUGGACACAAGUAUUAAGAAGGACACAAUUAUUAAGAAGGACACAAGUAUAAAGAAAGACAUAAGUAUGAAAAAGGACACAAGUAUAAAAAAAGACACAAUUAUAAAAAAAGAACCACGUCCUGUGCAGAUCAAAAGCAGUAAAGCUGCUGCUGAAAGGAUUGCUCAGGCUACAGGCAAAGCCUCACCUCUUUUACUUGUGAAGAGCUCCCCUUUCAGGAAUGAAGAUUCACUAGAACAUGCCACCAAAGAGGAGGCUAUUUAUGAGAAUGAUGGAUUUAGAUUCUCAUCCGAUGACUUUGCCUGUACUAGAGAAUCCAGUGGUGGUGAUUCAGACUCCCCAAGGAGCCGCACCUUGGGCCGCAAGCCCCUGGGGUCUUCUACUGGGGGAGGAAAGUCUCUCAGGGACACUCCGGAUCUGUAUAGGAGUCACUCAUUGAACCGUCCUGAGAAGAAUAGCCCUAGGUCAUUUUCAGAUGAAUCUGGUCGCAAUCCCAAAAGAGAGCCCGUCAUGCGCAAGGAUGUAGAAAUCCAGAUCGGUCAGAGUCCCUCAACUCGACCCAAACCAGUAGUACGGCCCAAGCCCCUUCUGAGUAAGUCAGAACCACAGAGCCCAGAAAGGAUGGACAUCAGUAGCUUGCGGCGGCAGUUGCGUCCCACAGGUGCAAUUCGGCAUGGAGUAGUCCGUGCAGCACGUGGUGGAGAAGACUCAGAGACAGCCUCAGUGGUGUCAUCAGAGGAUUCUGUCUCUUCUCGAAGCAACUCAGAUCUCUCCAGCAUUUACUCUAAGGGCAGCAGGGGUGACUCUGAUUUUGAGGGUUCCUUGUACCGUACCAUGGAUGCCUAUGAACGGGCACAGGAGUCUGAGCUCAGCUUCCCUGCCGGAGUGGAGGUGGAGGUACUGGAGAAGCAGGAGAGUGGCUGGUGGUAUGUGCGCUGGGGUGUAGAAGAGGGUUGGGCACCUGCGUUUUACCUGGAACCUGUUAGGCAACAUUCUGAUGUAGGUGUCCCAGAGUCCCUUGAUGGGCAUCUGGCAGAGCUAAGUAAUGCCAGCAAGUCUAAUAGCCUGGAGAAGAAUGAGCAGCGUGUGCAGGCCCUUAACAACCUCAACCAGCAGAAUGUACGUAGACUGAAUAAUCCCAGCCCACCUAUCCCCUCUAAGCCACCUGGGGGCUUUAGUAAACCAUCUACUCAGCUCAACGGUUCAGGUGUACGAAUGCGGAAUGGCAUUCGUCAGGCAGCAGUGCGACCACAGUCGGUUUUUGUGUCUCCUCCACAGCCAGUGAAGGAUACAAAUCUAUAUACAGGGUCCUUGAGGCGUAAUGAAUCCCUGGGUGCCAGCGAUCAUAUGAGGUCUAGCGGCGGCGUGCGCCGAAACUCCUCCUUCACUGCCGUGCGGCCCCAGCCGGUAACAGAUGUGCGCUUGAGGUCUGGAACCACCACAGCUGCACCGGCUGGAAGUUCUAGUCCCUUGAUUGCCCAUAGAAAUGGUAUACCUGUGUCUACCGUGAAGCCCAAACCCAUUGAUAAGUCAAAUCUUAUUCACAACAACCUGCGGGAAAUCUAUGUAUCGAUUGCUGAUUACCGUGGAGAUGAGGAAACAAUGGGCUUCCCUGAAGGCACCAGUCUAGAGGUUCUAGAAAAGAACCCAAAUGGAUGGUGGUACUGCCAGGUUCUAGAUGGUCUACAAGGACGAAAAGGCUGGGUUCCAUCCAACUACCUGGAAAGGAAGAAAUAGCGUCCCCCAUUCCCCCUGCCCUGCAAAGAAUGUCACUUAAAUGUUUCCUUAUAUGUACAUUUGUUAUCAAACUCUAUGAGGAGGACCUUUUUUGUACCAAUAUAAGACACUUUAGUGCUGGUUUACUAAAAAGUACAAAAGACUAAAGACGAUCAGUGAUGUGGGUGUGGAGAACGCUAAUAAGAAUAUGUCAUUGGGCAAAAUCAGGGGUUGGCCGUCCCAGUGUCUUAAGUAUGACUGGAGGAUCUCCACUUUGAAAUAAGAAGAACAUACUCUAGCCUUUCAGAAAGGGUUUUACAUGAAUAAGGAAAUGAUCCGGGCAAACGUUGAGAGAAAUUCUAGCCCGAAAUUUUAUGCCAAAUGGGUGCCUUUGUCCAUCGUUGACUGAAUGUUAAUAGGAAUCAUUUGAACACCAGUAAAUCAGUAUGUACCAAAAUUUAAUUCAGUGCCAUAGGCCUGUGAGCACAGAAUUCACCAAAAUUAUUUUGCUACAGUAUUACAGAGAGAGAGAGAGAGAGAGAGAAAGCGAGAGACAGAGAAAUAAUUUCAACCUAGGAGUAAAUAGGAGUAACACAGAAAAUUAAACCUUUAAGCACUCAGUAACAAGAAUGUACGACAUCAGAUACGCAAAUAACAAAUCGAGUGCAGAUAAAGAUUCAAAACUUUUUUUAAACUUUUAAUUUUUUUUGUUUGUUUCGUAUCUUGUGCGUUUUCAUGUCUUCCUUAGAGAUGUAUUUCUGCUUUCUUGUGACAUCCGUGCAACUCUUUAUCGGCCUGGAAAAGGAAGUCCCUUAUUGAGAUGCUUCCCAUCAUGUGAUCUCUUGUUUGUUCUGAAGUUUCUCUGAAGAGGGUCUUGUAAUUGGCUUUACUUUUUAUGCUCUCCACUUUCUUUAGCCCCCCGACAAAGCCAAACCAAGAUGAAUAAAGAAUCACUGAUUCAUUAAAGGAUAUGAUGCAGUGCAAUUAUGUGUAGUACACAGAUGACAGAGAAUUGGAUACUAUAGUUUUGUUGGAUUUCAGUUGGAUUUUUUACCCACCUCAUAUCUGGGUGUCUAGCCCAAGCAAGGUUUAGUUUACAAAGUGCAAACGAUUCUGUUUUUUUUUUUGUUGCAGAGAAACAGGACUUUGUAUAUACUGCUGCUCUAGGUGUGCUAGAUUUACUGCUCUUGAAGCGGUAUUUUGGAAAAUUCAGUACUGGAAAACAUGGCAUAAUAUUCGCCAAUCAAUCCCAGGGAAUUAGUUACAUAGCAAUGAGCCCAAAAUGUGAUCAAACCAAAGCAGAAUGCCAAUACAGUUGCUAGUUUGUUUUGUUUUAAUUUAGUAUUUAUUUUGUGGGUACAAAGAAAUACAGUGUAUUCAGCAAACCCAAACGAGGUUUCAGAACUGAGCAACAUAGAUAUUUAAUUACUAUAUCUGGACGCACUUGAUUGUGUUUUUUUUGUUUUGCUACCCAAAGAAAAGCACAUUGAUAUGCAAGGUUAAUUUCAACAUAUUACGAUAUUGCUGGGCAGUAUUGAAUUCAAAGUUGAAGUUAAACAGUAGGCAGUUUAAUAUUAGCAUUUCUAGGUUAUUUGGGUAAAAUAUAAUGAACAUAGAAUUGCCCAUUGUAGUAUGUAAAGGUUGUAGUUUACAUACAGCAAGCAGUUAUCUUGAAAAAUGUUUACUGUUUCCAGAUUUCAUAAUUGGAAUAUAUAAUCACAUUUCCAUAAUAUACCCUCUUUGACAGUCCCAAAUAAAAAAGAAAUCAUGGAGAUGAUCCAUGUCAAAAGGCUGAUGUUCAAGACUGCUGAAAUAUUUUUCUAAUGAACAGUGCAGUGUGAACUCUUAGUCGGGUUAAGCACUAACCUUUUUUUGUUUGUUUGUUUGUUUGUUUUGUUUUCUGCUGGACAGUAUUAUAGUAUUAAACAAAUUUAAGUACCUGCUAGAUUGCAGUUAUAUUCUAUGAAGCAGUAGUAGAUUUUUGUUUUCGUUUCUAUUCUUGUUGUGUGAUCGCACAUGGACAAUAAUGAUGAAUGGAUUGGUUCAUUUGUUGUGAGUUGAUGCAUUUGCGUUUUGUUGUAAAGCAAAAAUGCAUUGAUUUAAAGAUGCAGUGUACUUCAUCAGCACAUUAUUUAUUGAACAGAAAUUGUUCCUAUUUAUAGUUAUUUAAUAAAAAAAAACAUAAUCAUUACCUCUAUUCAUUUUUUCCUCAGUGCCACUGUCAGUCAUGCAGUCAUGUCUGCUCUGGAGCAUCUCAGUAAGAAGCUUCUCCGUGGCACCAUCUAGUGACACAGAUUGGCUAUUGUUAUAUUCUGGACUUUUAUUCUGGAAUAAAAAAUGAUUUUAUUUUAUUCUUUUAUUCUGGAAUUUUUGUAUACUGAUGAUUUGAUGCCAACCCGACGUUUUCAGUUAAGGAGCGUGCAGAAACGAAAUGUUUUUGAACACAAAUGCAGCUAACCAUUUCGUUUUAUGGAAUUUGCUUUAAUCUGACCAUUUUCCCCUCCAUUUUCUUGUUUUUCACCCAAGGCUGAUUGCUGCACCUUUAGCAACUAUGGACACUUCCUCUCUCAUUAUUGAACCUUCUAUAAUGCCAGAUUUUGUUUCCCUCACUCAAGAUCUUGAUUCCCUCGCUCCAUCUGGGCUACUAGAAAAUUAAUGUUACAAUUUGCAGAAAAAUAUAACAUUUCUCUGACUUUUAACUUUUAAAAUCAUGCAUCACAUUGGAUUAAACUUAACCAAGAAAAACUAAUUUGAAGUUUACAAAAAUGUUAAAAGUUUUGCAAAUUUGUAACUUUUCUGAGUGACAAUUAUUAUUUUAAAUUUUAGUCCUCCAUCUGUUAGCAGCCCUUUGACGAAGGUGUUAUAGAAAUGUGUCGAAUCACUCCAACACUUUUCAAUGGAUAUUGCUUUUGUUAAGUAACUUCCAUUUACAUUUUAAGCUUCAUUUUUGUUCGCAUCUUCAAUUUACAAGGGAAAUAUUACUUCUCACGCUAGGCCUUUUUUUCAUAUUAUGUACUUGUGUAUCAUCAAGCCUUUAUGUUCUCUGUCUUUUCCUAUUUUAAAUGUGUUUUUGUCAUCAAAAAUAUUGCAAUGUAUUAUUUCCUUUAUCCCGGUGUGCGUUAACAUGACGCAAAAUUCUAUGAGGAAAUGUGCAAUAGAAUAUUAGGGAUCUCACCAAAUAUAAGGAACUGCAAAGUCGUAAGGGUUUUUUGAUUCCUUCCUUUUUAAUGUUGUGUUAAAUCAAGUCAAAAUUUGUAUGGUUUUAUGCACAGCCACCAUGAAAAGUUUUUAGGUUUUGUUUAUUUCGUGUUUCAAGUAGAUAUUUUUGUUUUCGUAUUGUUUAUGCUAAAUGUCGUGAUCCUCUUGGACACUGGUCCCUACACACGCACACAUGCAGACGUACCGUUCGCCUAUAGAUCUGUAACCCUCUCCCCAGCACUCUGUGAACUAAACCGCUGGGAUGCCACCAUUGCGUUGUCUUAUUGCCAUGGCAACAGUCAAAUAUGACCACAUCUAACGCUCUUUGGCAUUCUGUCAUACGGCCUUUAUUAUUUUUUCCUUCUGUGCCAGCGGGGUAAAACCGAGUGAAACAUUGGACUGCUCCUCCUCCACACUGCCAAAGGUCUGAUAUUUCACUCCUUCUGACUGACUAAUACCCCAUUUACAUUUUCAAAAGCUUCCAUAGCUUACAUUUGUCAUUGAAGGCUUAGCCUCUUCAACCAGCCAUUAAAACUGAACAUGGCCUCAGAAUUGCUUCUCUCCACCUGUUUGUUAACCAGGUGACCCAUUUUCAUUGUUCAUUUCUGUGUCACUUCACUUUUAAAAGCAUUUUCUCGCCAUCGCAAAACAUAUCUCAGACACAUUUAGUUGGUUCAAGAAGGAAAAAACUGAAAGAUUUACUUCUGCAAAUUCUUAUUGGUCCAUUUGUCACGAAAUAUUCAACAGGUGUUGCAAAAUACAAAGUUUUUUUUUUUUUUCUGAAAGCGAUGAUUUGUUUACAACUUUUAGCUUUUGGACCCUUUCACACCUGGUAUAAAUGUCCAUCUUUGUGAUCUGAUCAUAAGCGGGCACUCAGCACUUCCAUGCGUUUCCAGGGACCACCUGUUGUUUCACGACUGAAGGAAACGCCCACUUUUAUUACAUUAGUCUCUUGCUACAUUUGUUGUCAGACAAAAAUGUUUUGCAAGUCCUUGAUUUUGUCCAGUCUGUUAUAAAUGGCCUGCAUGCACUUAAAUAACGUGGACUGCUAAUGUAACCUCUAAACAAACAGGAGAGAAAAUGAAGCAAGAAAUUGUGCAGCUGAUUUUGUCUCUGCUGUGAUGAGGCCGUCAUUGCUGUUGAGGACACAGCGUCCUUUAGCGCGUUAUAUUGCCAUAUGUCUCUCCAAACAUUUUUGAAGGCAGUUUGAGUGAUAGGAUAACAAUGCAUCUCCUUACCGCUAUUCACUUAUGAUCAGAUCACCAAGCAUGUAUGUUAAUGCCAGUUGACAAAGGGGCCUUUGGCCUUGAAAUGCACUAAGCCUGCUCUCAAUCUCUGUCUUGCUCUUGUCAUUUGAAUGGGAGCCCUUGAAUAGGCCUACAUGAGUAUAUGUCAGUUAGAGAAAUGGAGAAUCCCAAUCUUUCACAUUCAGAGCUUUUUUUUUAAGUACCCUUGGUUUUGAAGUGAGAAGGAUUUUCACUGUUUCUAUCUUUCAGAUGUUCUCAUUCUUGCAAGGGAAGCCACUCAUGACAGCGUUGAGCCUUGCCUAUUUGAAAAGGCAGCCAAGUAAAACAGAACUGAUGCAGCAGUGCUAUCUGCGGUCACUCGUUGUCCCACAGAUUCUCUCUCUCUCACUUGCUCAUCUGCUCUUUUCCUCUCUCGUUCUUCAUUGGAACAAAUUGACUGUCUUUGAGGCAUGGCUGACCGUAAGCUCUGUAAUCUUGUGCAGAAGCUCAGAAUAGUUUCCUACUGCAAGCUAUACUUUUCUUUUUUCCUUUCUCUACUUUUUACUCCUGACCUCUUCACUGUUUUUUUUUCCAACAGUGGAUGGCUUCAUAUUCUGGCCUAUUCCUCUGGCAUGUUCCUCAACUUUACCUGAGAAAUUCCAGCUCGCUAGCCACUCUUACAAGAAGCUGAGUAUUUUCUUUUUCUUUCGUCCAUUCUGUGCCUCAGGCGGGACUGGAUUGCAUUGAGAUUUGAGAUUCCUUGUUGCUGAUCUAAAACAUCUGAAAAAUGCAAUUGUACAGCACCAGUUUCAGAAAGAAGGGGAUAGAUAGUGAGGGCAAUCAGUCAGGGACUGUAAGAGUGAGUGAAUGCAUGUGUGGCUGUGUGAGUGUGUGGAGAGAUGGUUUGUGUGUCGUAAGGAUCAUAAGAAGGUGGUGAGAGAAAGUUGAUAGACGGAUUGUAUGGUAGUCAUGCGUGGAGAGCGCUGGGACUCAGUUAGCUAACACUAGAUCGAGCUGGACAGCUCUAAUGGACUUGUUCAAGUGCAUUUGCCUGAAGCGUAGCCCUGAAGACAAGAGAUUUGACAGGUGUCAAAGGAAAACUGCAGGAAGGAGAUGGAAGGCUAGGCCUCUUUGAUAAUUAGUGCUCAGUUCAAGCUCUUGGAGCAGAUUGGUUAUAGUUGAACAGAGAAGCGCAAACUUGACAACAACUCAUCUGUGCCUUUAGCUGAAGCUCCAAAUAAAGCCUUGCCUCAGGCCAGCGUUUCUGCAAACAAACUGCUUACCACUCAUCCUUUGGUAGAUCAUAAUGUCUGGCACAGGAGGACUCUUGGUAUUCCGCUCUGCUCCCUUCAUUAAGACGAAGAAGUUCAGAGCAUUGCAGGCAUGGCGGGCUACUGUGAAAUCACAUUAGCAAAACCAGUCAAUUAAUUACAGCUCUGCUGGGAUUUGCAUUCUGAAUUUAAAUGACUAACUGCAAAACUCAGUCGUGUGGAGGCCUAUGAACACAAACUAUGGACAGACUGAUUCUGUGUCAGGCUUGUUAGUGAGGGCAAAUGUGUGUUAGCUGCAAUGUGUAGCCAUGUUGUUCACACUGGUGUGAUCUUGUCUUACAUUCAGCAGUGUCCAUUUGCAGAUUAGCAGCAGUUCUAGACCUGCGGUUUCAGGGUAUGAUGUGGUUUUAGGUCUGCACUGUCUUGCUUACAGGGUUAUUUGGACUACUUGUGGUUGGUAAAGUCAUAUUUUUCUAAACCAAUCUGUUAUUAACUAUUAAUCAUUUGGCUUGUAAAUUAUGGUGAAAAACACAAAGUAACAGAAUUGAUCUGGAAUGUGUCAAUAUUUGUAAAGAAAAAGUUGAACAGGCUGCUAAAAGUUACAGCCAUAUAUAAAAUGCAUUAUUCAAUUAGAUACAGUGGUGAUACAGUCUCCAUAUGCUUUUUUGGUACUGAAAACAUUCCUUGAAGAACCAUCGUUUUUAAAUUAUGUAGUUACUUAGCUGUUGUGCUAACACAGCACAGGCUACCCACCUGUUCUGAUAGCACAACUGCCUUGCUAACAAAAGGCGUUAGUCUAAAGCAAGUCUAAACCAAAUCUUUCCCUCACUCUGCAAGUCUAGAACUUACUCUGGCUCUUCAGAUAUGAAGAUUACCUGGCUUGAGUGUUUGCCGAGGAAGUGAAGUAGAGAAAGCUAGCCGUACGUGUGCUCUGGUGAGACGCAUGAAAGGUUUUUCUGAGGAAUUGGCAGGUUUUUAGUUCAGUUUUGGUUUUAUUUAGUGCGAGGAGGAGUGGGGAAGAUGUGAUCGAGCUGGGUGUGAGGGCUACAGGGUGCUAGCGGGCUGCUGCUGUGAUUUUUCUGCUCUCUGUCAUGAGCAUGCUGGUCCUCGCUAAUGUCUUGCUGUUUGCUAGCUCUGUCGCAGCUUGACUCUCUGCUCUAAUUACUGAUUCUCUCGUGUUAAUUAACAGCCACUGCAGUAUAACGGCUCUCUUGAAAGGCGCCGGCCGCUGGGUGGUGCUUCGAGUGCCACAAUGGCAGCUGUAAACAUGCCAUUGAAAGGAUCUGUGAAUCAGCCUCUCUAACGGUCGCCUUCCUCGCUUGUGUCCCCUCUGAACUGGCGUUUCUCAGAAGUGAAAAAGCUCCAUUAUGUCUUCUUCUUUCACAAACCUCAAAACAAGACCAUUGAACAGACAUCUAGACGUGCUAGGCCUAGUCAGGGGCUUUCAGUUGGACACUCAAUAUGGUUUUCACCCGUCAAGUUUCUAGGCCUAAAGAAACUGACCUUGGAAAUCCAGAAUAUUUAAAAAUGCAGCGGUCAAAAUGACAGUGGUGCUAAAGCUCUUUUUACUCUGCUACUCAAUUGCAAAUCAUGGACUGCUUCCUCAUGAUGUGAUCACAAAUGCUUGGUUUGCCAACUCCUCUUUUCAAAGAUACAUAUAAACACGGUGUUUGGGUUUUUGUUGUAGUUUUUCCGUACAGCUUUCAAGGAGGACAUUGCCAUUUAACUUUGGAAAUUUGUGAAAAUGCUUUGCAUUGAAACCAGAGCCCCAGAGCACAAAACUUCUCUACAAAAUAAAAUCAACUUUUUUAAUGUAUUUCUUUUGAAACCAGGUGGUUUACAGCUUUAUCUUUUUGUUUUCAGCGUUGAUUUGUUCUUUGUUUGUAUCUUUUUUUUUGUAUCUUGUUCAUGUUUACAUUGUAUCUUGCAUUGCCCUAAAAGAAAAACAAAAUAAAAUGUAUCGUUCUUGUUC